AAAAAAUCUAUGUGUUUUUCGCCGAUAGUAUAUUAUUUACGGUGGAUACGAAAACCAUUCAGAUUUAAUAUCUUCCAUAAAAAAAAUAUGUUUGCUUUAAAUGUAUAUUUUAGGACUACAUUUAUCAUGUGGCUGCACGCUCACGGAAUGCUAGGUUGAAGAUGGCCAGUUAUAUUUUGAACCUAGACUUAAUGUACAUGCAACUUCCGGUGGACUUCCUGAUUGAUCAAUGGAUUUUUCUUGGAUAGUCUAAAUAAAUCUAGCUAUGAAAUAGUUAGUUUUAUGUUUAUUUGACAAAUGACUGUAUCAUACGUAGAUGGCAUGACGAUAGCAGUAGUGGCCGUUCAACCAGAUUACAUUAUUCUAAAUGCGGCGAAAUGGACAACCGUUGCUAUUGUUGUGCAUCAAAGUUCACUCUCUUCAGGAAGGAGUUGGGCUGUAAGAACUGUGGGCGUUCAUUUUGCUCGGGUUGCCUGACUUUCAACGCAGUGGUGCCUCGCUGUGGCAACACCCAGCAGAAGAUCUGCAAGCAAUGUCAUGGGAAUCUCACAAGUGGAGAAAACCAAAAUAAUGCUGCAAGAUGGUCCCCUCCUGAAAACUACAAAAAACGUGUUGCUGCUCUUGAGGCCAAACAAGGACAACCGAUACCACCCCCUGAAACAGGGGGCAGCAGAAAUGCCAAACUAGGCCUCAUUCCAACCAAACGUCUGAGUAAAGAGGACCUGGCCAUCGCUGAGAGGCUGCAAAAGCUGAAAGAGGACACCAAACCAAAGUCCAUCCCGUCAGAAAGAGAGAUUGAAUCCCGCCUGGCUGCCCUGAAGGCUCCUCUCCAGCCUGUACCCUCUGCAGGGCAGAUGGAGGACCGCUUGGCAGCCUUACAGGGAAGACCUCCUCCCUCCCAAGCCCUUCUACCUGUACACCAGCCCCCUGAUGUUCGGACCUCAACAGAACAAGCCAAUGACCUGAUCACUCAGUUGUCAGAGGAAGUUGUCAUAGACACCCAACAACCAAAUCCUGAAGGUGUGGAUGGCCCCAUGAAUGACUUGAAUAAGCAGGAGGGGGAUAGGCUGGAAGAGAACCUGGAUAAUGGGGGUGGGCUGCAGGAUGCAGCCAGGCAGCUGGAGGAUAAAAAGAACCGCCUGCUGGCCGACGCCAUGGAGGACCUGAGACGGGACCGCUGCUCCCAGGAACAGGUUCUACAGAUGGCCAAGAGGCUGGCCCAGCUCAAGGGACAGGACCCCGACAAGGUCACAAUGGAAGACUUCCAACACCCUGACAGCGAGGACGAGACUGAGGAAGAGGCCAUGACGAGGAUACUGAAAAAGCUCACGGAAGAAGCUGCAUUAGAUGAGGCCAGUGGCUACAACAUACCUCCUGAGCACAGUGGCCCUAGGAACAUAGAGAAGACAGACGCUCGCAUGAAACCGACACCAGUUCCUUCAACGUCGUCGAGAACCCCAGCAGCUGUCGUAACCUGUCAGGAUUUAGACAGUGACGAGGAUGAGCUUCCCUGGUGCUCCAUCUGUAACCAGGACGCCUCCAUUCGCUGUCACACCUGUGAUGGUGAUUUGUACUGCAACCGCUGCUUCAGGGAGGGCCAUGAUAAGUAUGUCAGGAAAGAGCACCACACAGCUAGUUACACGGCACCUAAGAAGAAGAAGAAUACGACGUGAGACUGCAGGGGCUGGCACCACUACUAUCUGGAUGGUCACUCCUGAGAGAUGUGUACUAUAUCUUUAAGAAGCUGGACAGUUUUCUUGGAAUUCCGCAAGAUCACAAAGCGAAGGCUGAUCCAAACAUUACUACCUGUCUUACAAAGAGACCAAGAAGAAACCCUGAUUAUGUUGCUAAUCUAGUGUAAUACGCAGCAAUCUAUCAAGUGUAGUUAAAGAUUGCUUCAAAGUGGCUAUUCUAGGGGGUAACAUUAUGUGGUUGCAGCAGCAUAAUUCAAUGCUUAAGAUAGCAACAGAAUAACUAUUGUAGAUUCACAUGAUGUAAUGUCUAAGCAAUAUCAGUCAUUCACAUGUGGACUGUUGCCAAUAAUAUGUAGUAUUUGUGUAAUAUCAAUUUCCCUUUAAUAUGUUGUGUAAGUCUAACUUACUCUCACAAUUGUUAAACAUUGUAUUUUAAUGUUACCCUAACCCUUUGGAUUUUGGUCCAAUUAAAUAAAGGUGUCUGGGCUAUUUGUUGUGCUACCUCAAUUGUCUCAGAGGAUUAGUAAUGAGCAGUGUGGUUUGAUUUGAAAAUGCACUUUAAUUGGCUUGCAGAUAUCUUAUUUGUUGUCAUGAUACUGAGAUAGAUGCUGAGUUGGGGACAAUAACAACAACAUGCACACAUGUCGCAGAAACACAAGUUUCUCAU